CAGGAGGCGGGCGCUCACAAGAUGGCGGCUCCCAGGGAGGCGUGAAAAGAUUCUCCGGUCUCCUGCCUUCUAUUUACACAAUAAUCACAUCGCUAAACAACCGCUUUCCCUAUUAUUUUUUUUUGGUUUUUCCUUUAUUUCCGCGGUUUUUUUCUGUCUCUUUUUAUUUUUUUGUGGUGGUGUGUGUUUUACAACCGAACCUAACGGGCGACAAAGCCGGCAGCCGUGGCUACCGAGUGCAGUGGUUGUGGUGGAGUAUCCGGUUGUUAGUAGGAGGGGGGGCUCUGUGUGUCCCCGCAGCGCUGUAUCCCCCCCUCGCUGUCCGGCCGCUGGAGGAGGAGGCGGUGUUUAUUGAGUGCAGUCGCCCCGCUCGCCGCCAUCUUUGCUCUUCCUCCCAGCUCUUUAUUGGUUUGUUUGGACGGCACAAGAUGGCGGCUCCCAUGGACUCCCUCAGCUCCGGCGCUCUCGGGCGGAUUUAAAGCAGGACUCGAUCCGGGGAGCGGGCAGCCCAGGACGGCCUGCGGAGGGGACGUGGUGGAGGAGCCUGCCAGCCCCUCGGGUGGCCCCCCGGCUGCAGCGGAGCCCGGAGACAGCGAGUUUGUUUUCUCUCCCCGGCCGCCGUCAUAAAAUGGCGGCUCCCAUGGACUUCCCAGCACCUCAGUGAGAACCGGCGCGGACCAGGCCUCACACACAGCCAGCCAGCCCCCGGCCUCGGGCCUCAGCAACCCUCAGCCACCCCCGCACAUUUUAUCACCCCGGCACCCGCACUCCGCUUGUUUUUAAUCCGGUUUUUCUUUCUUUAUUUUCCUCUCCCGGUUCCCAUUGCCUUCCAUUUAAUACAUUAUAUUAUUAUAUUAUUUUUAAUUUUAUUAUUUGGAUCGCUGCCAGCCGCCAUGGCCUUGUCCCCGGCGGUUUCAGGCUCCGCCGCCUUGCAGCCCAGGUGGAAGCGUGUGGUGGGCUGGUCGGGCCCGGUCCCCAGGCCCCGGCACGGACACCGGGCAGUGGCCAUCAAGGAGCUCAUCGUGGUCUUCGGAGGAGGGAACGAGGGCAUCGUGGACGAGCUGCACGUCUAUAACACAGGUAAAUAAUAAAUACAAU